GGCGCUUUACGGCCCGGCCAUGGCGGAGGGAGAGCGGGCGGGGAACGGCGGCGGCGCCGGCCCCGGGCGGCCCCCGACCUCCGCCGACCUCGAACGGGCCGAGGAGCUCAAGGCCCGCGCCAACGAGUUCUUCAAAGGCAAGGACUACGAGAACGCGGUGAAGCUGUACAGCAGCGCCAUCGAGCUGAACCCCUGCAACGCCAUCUACUAUGGCAACCGCAGCCUGGCCUACCUGCGCACCGAGUGCUACGGCUACGCGCUGGCCGACGCCACGCGCGCGCUGCAGCUCGACGGCAAGUACGUCAAGGGCUACUACCGGCGCGCGGCCAGCAACAUGGCCCUGGGCAAGUUCAAGGCUGCUCUGCGGGACUAUGAGAUGGUGAGAGCCGGGAGGGGUCAGUGUGUCUGUCCUGGGGUCAGUGUGUCCGUCCUGGGGUCAGUGUGUCUGUCCUGGGGUCAGUGUCUGAACAUCUUCGAGCUCAACGGGCUCCCCUCCGAGGCCAACCCUUAUAUUUUCAACGGGGACUUCGUGGACCGCGGCUCCUUCUCGGUCGAGGUCAUCCUGACGCUCUUUGGCUUCAAGCUGCUCUACCCUGACCACUUCCACCUGCUCCGAGGGAACCACGAGACGGACAACAUGAACCAGAUCUACGGCUUCGAGGGCGAGGUGAAGGCCAAGUACACGGCGCAGAUGUUCGCGCUCUUCAGCGAGGUCUUCGAGUGGCUGCCGCUGGCCCAGUGCAUCAACGGCAAAGUCCUGGUGAGGGGACACCGAGGGGACACUGGCACCGGGGCUCACUAUCUGGCAGCCCCGUUGAUUGUAAUGGAUCCCUAUCUGGCAGCUGUCAUUUGCAGUAAUGGAUCCCUUUUUGGCAGCCGUCUGGGCGGCUCACUAUGUGGCAGCUGUCAUUUGCAAUAAUGGAUCCCUAUUUGGCAGCUGUUCUGGCUCA